GCUACUUCUAAAUAACACCGCCAUAUAUAAAUUGACAUUGCAUAACGUUGAUGUUGUCAUAUUUCAUUGGUAUAUUCGGUCGGAGUAUUAAUACUGCCAAAUGGGGAUUAUAACCAGGUGGGAAUAAAGAAAAUACAACUGAAAUACUGUGAAAUUCAUUCGCGAGAAAAUACGAUGGAUAAUGAUGUUAUAUUUACUGAGAAAUCUGGUAUGCGACGGCAUACAGUUGACAAACCUUCGGGAACACCCGAUUGUUAUUCAGCAAUUCAUCUCCCAGAAACUAUUGGGAAAACUUCUUUGACACCAGGAAAUUUUCGUGAUGGGGACCAAAGCAGUUUAACUGUUGCUGUACGAGUAAGACCUUUCAAUAAUCAUGAACAAAGCCAAUCUGAUAUACACUGUAUUGUAUCAGUGGAAGAUAAACAAACCACCGUGAAGACAGAAACAGGCCACAUACACAACUAUUCCUUUGAUUAUUCUUUCUGGUCAUUUAAUAAAGAAGAUAAUAAUUUUGCUGAUCAACAUCUAGUUUAUGAAUCUUUAGCUGCACCCUUACUGAAGAAAGCUCUGCAAGGAUAUAACAUCAGUUUAUUUGCUUAUGGUCAGACAGGUAGUGGAAAAAGUUUCAGUAUGAUGGGUCACACUGAGGAAGAAGGUAUAAUUCCAAGAUUUAGCAGAGAACUUUUCUUAAAAAGCCAAAAUACUGAAAAUAUUAAGGUGAAAACUAAUCUGGAGAUCAGUUUCUUUGAAAUCUAUAAUGAAAAGAUACACGACCUUUUAUCAUCAAAGAAAGACAAAGCAGACAAAAAAAUCUCUUUAAAAGUUCGUGAACACCCUGUUUUGGGCCCUUAUAUUGAAGGACUUUCUACAUUUGUAGUUAAUUCCUUUGAAGAUAUUCAGACUUGGAUUGUCCUUGGCAGCAAAAAUCGUGCUACAGCUUCCACUGGAAUGAAUGAUAAAAGUAGUCGAUCACAUUCUAUUUUUACAAUGGUACUUACCCAAACAAAGUUUGAAGAUUUAAAUGGUGAAAAGCAUGAGCAUUCCAUUUCAAGUAGAAUAAACUUGAUUGAUUUGGCUGGCAGUGAAAGACAGUCGACAUCACAGUCUUCUGGGGAGAGACUCCGUGAAGGUAUUAAUAUCAACAAAUCAUUGAUGACACUUGGUAAAGUUAUUUGUUUACUUUCUGAGGUAUCUUCUAAUGCUAGCAAGAAGAAAAAGGUCUUCAUCCCAUACAGAGAUUCUGUAUUAACCUGGUUGUUAAAAGAAAGUCUUGGAGGGAAUUCUCGAACAGCAAUGCUUGCUACCAUCAGCCCUGCUAAUAUUCACUGUGAAGAAACUCUAAGUACUCUCAGAUAUGCUCAGCAAGCUAGCUGUAUUGUGAAUCGUGUCCGAAUCAAUGAAGAUACAAAAAGUAAAAAAAUUCAAGAGCUUUUAGCUGAGAUUGAAAGGCUAAAAAGACUCACUUCAAAAGGUAGAAAUAUUGAACAUGAAAUACGUUUGGCAGAAAUUACUUCUUUACGUUCAGAAUUAAGUGGUAAAGAAAAGGAACUGCAAAAUUUAAAAAGAACUUGGGAAAUAAAGCUAACUGAAUCCGAGAAAAUGAAAAAAAAACAGCUUGAUAUACUUCAGAAUUCUGGUAUAAUCAUAAAAAUGGAUAAAACGUUACCACAUUUGGUAAAUUUAAGUGAAGAUCCUCAAAUAUCUGAAGUCUUGCUGUAUUUGAUCAAAGAUGGAAACACCCAUGUUGGACACAGUUCUUCCGAUUCUGUUUGUGAUAUUCAGUUAAUAGGGGCCCUAAUUUCAAAGAAUCACUGCGUAUUUAUUAAUAAAGAUGGUGUAGUGACACUCUCUCCAGUUGGUAAUGCUCUUUGCUAUAUCAAUGGUGUAUUGAUUAAGGAACCAACUAUUCUUCAACAUGGAGACAGAGUUAUAUUAGGAGGAAAUCACUAUUUCCGAUUUAUGUAUCCUAUGAAAUCAUCUGAUUCAAAAGAAAAUAGUAAAUCUGCUUGUAAAGAAGUGAGAGAUUUCGAUUUUGCCCACAAGGAAUUGAUACGAGUACAAGAAUUAAGACUUGCACAACAGUUGGAAGAUACUAAAAAUAUGGUUCAAAAGGAAUUAUAUCAAAAAAUUAAUGAAGAAAAGCAAAAUGGUUUUUAUAAUGACAAUCAACUUAUACAAAAUGGCGAUCGACCAGAAAAUACACUCUUAAAGGAACUCGAAAAAGCAAAAGGUCAUGCUGAAGAAAAUUUAAAACAACUUUCAUUAUAUCAGAAUGAAACUGAGCUUAAAUCAAAAUCAUUGUCAAUUUCAUCUGAGUCUAGUAAUUCAAGCUCUUUCGAUUCAUAUAAUCAAGCCAUGUUGAUGAUAAAUUCAUUAUCAGCAAUUGUUAAUGAUGCUCAUGGGAAGAGUCAAUUUUGUGUUGAAAAUUUAAAGGAGAGACAAUGUAACUUGGAAUCUAAUCAGUUCAACACACCAUUAUCUGCAAAAAGAAAACAAAAGCUAACUAUUGGUUCCUUUGGAUUGUACCACACAUAUUUGGCAAUAUGUGAGGCCAAUGCAAUUUGUUGGCAUUUAAAGAAAAACAUCGUAUUUUCAAGAGAAGAUUAUUUUGAUGAUGAAAACAAUCUAAAAAUGCUCAUAAAAUGUAGCUUAACUGAUAUGAAGAUCUGUACGUUUUGGUCCUUUGAAGUGUUUAUGAAUAAGUUGCACUUACUGAGAGAUGUAUAUCAGACCGGUGAUAAUAAUAUUGAAGAAAUCAUUGCUGAUGAAAACAACUGGAAGAAAGAUGACAACUUUGAGUUAACUGACAUAUCUUCUCCAGAAAAUUGUGGUCUACCUGUUGUAAUUGCUUCACCAGAAAAAUCUUUGAUGGUCAUGCGUCGAUGUAGCUUACCAAAUCAUAUACCGAAAAGAUCAAGAAUAAAAAAUAUUUCUAAGAACACAUUGUCAUCAGUGUUAAGUAAAAUCAUAGAAGUGUCACCAUUAAAGUUACCUCAAGGUAAUACAGAUGACAUUCAACCAAGUUAUACUGAUUUAUGUCUGGAAUGUUGCAAGACUAUUCUACAGUCAGUAAAUGAAAUACUUAUACUCAGUGCACAUGUAAAAGUUAUUUUACUUGAAGAAAAUGUUGAAAAAGAAUUGAUUGAACUGUCAUCAGUGUUAUUUACAUUAUCAUCAUACUAUAAUAGUUGGUUCUUAUGCCAAAACAUGGCAUCUUUUUCUCAUUUAUGUAAUUCACUUAUAACUGCACUCAAAAAGCUAAAAUUUGAAAUGAUGCAAUUUUUCAAGGCUUUUAGCACCCAGUGUAAAAAAAGUAUUCAAGAAAUUGGUGGAAACAUUAAUAAUUGUAUUGAAGAUAUAAUUUUGAAAACUGCUAAAUAUUCAUUGGUUACAAAUCAACUUAUAAGUUUGCCUUGUGUUGAUCUUGACAUAGAGAUCAAUAAUUCUAAUAUAUUAAAAAUAUUCUUGGAAAGUUGCAAAUUUUUUAUAAUCAACAAUAUACAAGAAGCUAUUAAAAACAUAGACCAAGUGUUACUUCCUCAUUUAAUUCCUGCAGCAAUUAACGUGACAAAGCUGGACCUUUCCAAAGCCAUUCUACAUUUGGUUGCAACAAUAAAAUUAUUCUUAAAAGAAUCUUGUAAAAUUUUGACAAACAAGUUUGACAGUAGCUGGAAAACAAAAGCAUUCUUCACAUCACAUAUGUACAAAAAUUAUCAAAGUUACCAUUUCAACACGAAAAAACUUGUUGCAAGUGGAUCAUCUCUAAUACUUGUUCUUAAGACAACUUCCAGUAAAGAUAAACUCAAAAAAGCUGACAAUGUAAUCAUGACGGUUGAUGAAAUUUCUUCCACCAUAGAAAAACUUUUUCUUUUGUUAAAAGAACCGAAAAGUGGUAAACCAACUACCAGUGGCAGUAAAAGUAAUUCUGAUGACUCGGAUACAGUUGAUGUUACAGAAGAAAAUAGUUUAAAACAAUUGGAGGGUAUUAAGCAAGAAACAUUAGUGAUAGCUAACAAAUUAAAAUCAAUUGCUGAAAAGCCCUCAUUUGUAUCUAAACGUUACUAGUAUGAUAUCAAUAUUUAUGCUGCCAAGGUCGACUUUGCCUUUCAGGAUUGAUAAAAUAAAUACCAGUUAAGCACUGGGGUUGAUGAUAUUGACUUACCCCUUCUCUUCAAAUUGUUGGUUGUGUGCCAAAACUUAAAGCCAUUAUAUUAAUAAUAUUUAUCUGUGAUAUGUGAAUUGUAUUAAUUUAAUAUUACUAAAGCUUGUAAAUGAAAAAAUAAAAUGAAAACUAAUUCAAAAUCUAGUGUAAA